ACAAUUGACAGUUUAUUUUUAAAUGAAAUAAAGUGAGUGCUUAUUAAAUUUCAUAAAAAAGUUUGGUAAUUCACAGAAUGGUUUAAAAUAAAUGGGUUUUUAAAAACACGUUGUUGUGAAAGGAAAAUGACAUGUGGACAAAUUUUCAAAAUCUAGAUUAAAAUUUUCGUGUGAUCAAUACUUAGUUGUCUUUUUAAGUAAACUUAAUAAAUUGCUGUGAAACACUCCCUCUAAUUACGUCAACAUGUGAAAAAUAGAACUAAUAACUGAAUAUAGAUCACAUUCCACACCCAGUUCACCAAAGAACUAAUUACUUUCAAGAGCACUCCCAAUCCAGUUUUAUUUAUUUGGAGUUUUGAUCUGCUAAUCAGUCUCCAACAAACCCAACAAUGGUACGUGUAAUAUCAGUGCAUCAUUUUACUAAUCAACAUAUUCAAGUUGUUGAACAACCAACUGCUUGCACAGUUGCACCCCCAAAUAGGCUAUUAUCAGCCUUAAUGAACAAUUGUGUUGAAGUUAGAGAUCUCAACAAUAAUUCUGAAGUUAUAUUCUCGUUUCCCACGGUAGAUGAAGUUGUUCAAAUUGUUCACUGUCUCAAUGGAGAUUAUGUUGCCACUCUUGAAACUAAAUUCAAUCGUCAAAAUAAAGAAAUCAAUUUCGUUCGCAUAUAUAUAAAUUGGGAUAGUAUUGCCACAUUACAGCAAUCAAAAAUGACAAAUAGUGGCAUCAGCUUAGGCUCUUCUGAAUGUGGUAUGGUUCAACCAAUGAGGGCUAGAAUAGCUGGCCGAGUAACACCUACCACAAAUCAAACAGAACUUGGAAAUCUUGAGAUGAUAGAAGUGCCAGUCAAGAGAAAUCCAAAUUUUAUAGAAUGUUGCCAGAUAUCCGGAAAUCUUUUAAUACUUUCAGAAAAGGUUAUUAACAUAUAUUCAUUUGUUGUAAAGACACAUGAUAUUUCUAAAAUAAAAUUUGUGGAUUUUGAAGAAAUGCCUUUGUUGAUUGAACUCACUUUUAGUCCUCAUCACGUAGCGUUUUGUGAGAAUUACAUUGCUUGUAUGAGUAAAGAUGCUUUCCAUCUGUUCAAAGUUUUCGAAACUGAUAAGCGAGAAGCAAGUGAUUUGAAUAUAUGUACUCAAAAUGACUUUUCUUUUGCCUAUUCUAAUACAAGCGGUCCAAUAGAUUAUAAAAAAUUGUUGAGAGAAGAAAUGUUGAAGAAUGAAGAGAAAAUUACUGUGAACUUACCUAUGAUCAUAAAAGAAAAUAGUAUAAUUCACAAAAACAGCCCUUUUACAUUCAGCGAUGGUGAUAUAUCGGCAACAAUCAAACCAAACGGCACUGUAGAUAAUAAAACCGUUCAAUAUACGAUUCAAAAUUUAAUACAGUUGAGACUCAUGCCUAUAUUAAUCGAAAGUGUUCAAAGGAAAGUUGUAGAGGAAUUCAAAAGUUUCGUUUUAAAGCCGAUCUACAUCGAUCAAUGCCUCAAUGGUAAAUCCAAACCAUCCGGAAAGAAAUCGCUACACAGCGAUUUCCAUCAGUGUUUAAACUGUGUUGUUUGUAUUAUAGCUACACAACAAGAAGGUUAUCUUUACCAUUUUGAUGACAAAGAAAAGGACGUCGAAAAGGAUAAUUGUAUAGCGGUAUAUCCAUUCACGGCACCCGUUUUUAAAUUAGUUAUGGAAGAAUAUUUUUUGCACGCUUUAACUGAAACUGGUUUGGAAUCUUAUACCUUAAGAUACAGUCAUCAGAUGUGUAGAAAUUUCGAAAUCGUCGAUAAUAUCAAUGUGGCUUGUCCUCAAGUUACCGAUUCGAUAUGUUUAGUUGGUUUGAGACCAUUUUUGGGUGUAGAACAAAUUCUACUUACCGAAAACCAUAUGGUAUUAUUAGCUAAUUCAGAAACUUCGCCUGCUCAUUCAGCCAGCUCGAAUAGUAGUUCAAAUGCAUCGUUUUUGACAUUGUAUAAUUUGGAAUUACCAUCUCCAAAAAUGAUUUUUAACGAUAUUUCUAUUGUUGCUAAUGUACACAGAUUUACUUCAGUACAGACUUAUUGUCAUUUAAUGAGUGAAGCCCAUAUGGUACUUCGCGUGGUAUUGCUAUUAAAAAAAUGGCAGAUGACAGAUGACAACGUCAAAUUAGUGAUUUGUAGAGCAUUCAAUAAAGAUGAUAUUGUGGAAACGUAUCGCGUCUCUUGUGCACUUUUGGGGGACCACUACGUUAUGUGUAACAAUGAAGAUGACUAUAUUCAGGCUGCGCCAUAUUAUAAGAUGGCUAGGAUACUACCCACGGAAGUUUUAAAACGUGUCAAAAAAAUACAAGAACAGUCAGGAAAUCAUUCUACCAAAGGAUUAAUGUAUUAUUUAAAAAAAACUUUAUUGGACGUCAAGGUCGGAACAGAUGCUGACAAAAUUUUCGGUCCAAAUACCAGACAGAACUUUUCGGAAUCAAUAUUGGAUUUAUUGGAACACCAAUCUUACGAAGACCUCCCAAAUUUGAUUCUGAAGAGUAAAAUUUUCCGAGAGUAUUCAACCGAUAAGUUGAUCAAUAUUUUAACAGAAAAAAUACCAGAAAAUUUCACCAAGCCAGCCGAAAAACAUUUGGCCCUCACACUACUCUUCAUUCAAAAAUGUAGAGCCGAAAUGGCUCAAAGAUAUUUGGAUAAGAUUACUCGUGAUAAUUUGUAUUUGCUGGUUUUGGAAAAUCACGAACUUCUUUUCGAAAAUACGUUUACGCAACAAAAUAAAAGUAAAAACGUAACGACGUUUUCUGAAUUGACCAUUUUGUUGAUCACCAUUUGUCCUGAAUUACUUUCGUCGUUAUUCGUGAAUCUCAUGAUGGAAAAGAAAGUUAUUACAUUAAAUAAACUCAUCAAGGUAUUUCUGGAAUAUCUUCCAUCCAGUAUCGGUAGCGAUACAAAUUCAGCCAGUACUUUAUUACAAAAGACGUUGGAAACUUACUUUGAAAGGUAUUUUUCCAAACCGGAAAAUGUCGAUUUGAGUAAAAUCAUAUACGAAAGAGGAGCUAGCGAAGCAAUGAAACUGCUAGUGAGAUCUUAUCUUUCGCAAUUACAAAUUUUACAAAUGAAAGACGAAAACAACGUAGACGGAAAUAAUUCCAAUGGGAAUAAACAAGUAGAAAAAGAUAUAUUUGAAGACGAAAACGACGAUACGAAUAAAGAUCGCCACCAAGAAAAACUGGGAUAUAACCAUAUAAAUAAAACGUAUUUCGAAGAACAAGAAAAGAAACCUAAAGACUGUUAUUUGUUUUCGAGCUUGCGUUGGGAAUAUCUAGAUAAGAUGCCACCCUUUCAAAUCGAAAUAAAUUCCAAAUUGUAUGAAGCUUGCAACGAAAAUUAUCCCGUUAAAGAACAAUGGCCGGCUAACGAAGAAGCCGAUAUAAUUUUGAGAAAGUUACAAGCGUUGCUGUGUAGUCAAGUUGUACCUAAACCAGUUCUUCUGGAAGUAAAUGGUUAUUUAUCGGUCAAUGAAAAUUUGAGAGGAAAUGUAAGUUUGCAGUCGAUACUGAUGUUAACAAACGACGCUGUUCUAUUACUCAUUGACAAUUGUCCUCAGUGUUUACUACAAUUCGCCAAGGAUAGAUUCGUUAGAACCGACGAAUGGAAAUUUUUAAUAGCUACGGUACAACGACGGAUUUUGAGACUUGCCCAAAACGAGAAUUUGAAACGAGUGUGUUUCUUUCAUAAGAAAAUUUUGAAAGAUAUUCUGACAUAUGCGGCUUCAAAUAUGACACUAGAUCAAUUGGUUCUCGUUUUUCCACAACGUUUUAGCACGAGCAACCAAGAACCAAAUCAAAAGGCUUCAUCCGAUUUAUACAAAACGGAAAUUGUUACUUCAGAUGAGGAUGUAGAUAUAUUGAAAGAAAUCCAAAAUUACGAACCGUAUUUAGUUAUAUGCAAGGAAACUAUGCACGCUAAUCAAAUACAUAAAUUGAUAACCACUACCGGUCAACAAUUAUUAUGCACGCUUAAUUUAUAAAGACUUCUUGGUGUGAUAUAAACGGCGGAUUUCCGUCUGUUUAAAAAGUAGAUAAACAUACAUCCUAAAAAAAUUAAAUCAAAACUAUGGAAACGAACUACAUUCCAACAAAGUUUGUAGUUAAUUUUUUCUUAACUUUUUGGUCGAAUUUACCAUUUGGUAUUUCUCGGGAACAUAAUUGUUCAGAUGUUGUCUUUAGCUAUUUUAUUUUUUUCUUGUUGCUUAAGGUGAACAAAAAUAAUGUUGCAAAGUGAGUAUUUAUGCAAAACACCCUGUGAAGUAAAUAAUCACAACUCUAUAAUAAAUGAAAUGCAUGGUUACAAAAAAUUAUCACAUCCAAUCUGCUGUAGAGGUGUGGAAACUUUUAUCCAAUGAGCAUGUUUUAGAUUCAAUUAUUACAAGCACCGAACAACGUUUGGGAAAAAUUAGACAAAUUGCCAUUCAUUUUUAACAAUUAGAACAUCUGCAUAUGAGGAUGACACUGAUACGAUUCCGUUCACCAUAUAAGUUUCAAAAGCCUGAACCGAAUAACACUCUAAGAUGUUAUCAGAAUGAUAAAACCAUUACCAAUGAGGACAUAGAUACUUAUAUGUUGCCACAUAUUCAAUUUUUUUGCAGGAACGUUUCUUGUUUCAUUAGAUUGUCGUUGAAAAUACUUAUUGCUACCUGACCUCUCACCACCUAGUUCAGUUAACAUGUUUAGAAGUUGUUUGCUGCUACAGCUAAUUCUGAUUAAGCUUUGCGUAGAGAAAGCCUCGUUGGAUUGUCUUUUGAGUACAAUAGGGACCUUUUUAAGUGGGAUAAGAUAUAUUUUAGAAUUGGUGCUUAUGUAGAAAAAAUUUUCCUCAUUACGGACUGGAAUUGGAGUGAUUUUCUCUUUAUUUGGUACUCACAUACUAAAUGUGCUUUCACCUACUAUCGGGCGCGGAAAAAAUUUAGAAUAAAAUGACUCUACAUACUAAACAGCUCCUGGAAUGUGAUAACCAAACAGGUGUGGGUAAGGACGCAUACAGCUGCGGCUAUAUUAUUCCCUGUCUUCGACCGAUUUAACUGAGAAACUAGAUGACAAGGUUACAGGCAAACCGCAGAAAACACCGACGAGAUCUGCGUGGUCUGAGAUAGUAGCUGGAGUGAAAGUUGUGCGAUCUUUGCAAUACUUUAGAUUACUUAGGAAACACCCUGUAGAUAACUGGGAUCUUCUUUCAAUCAUCCAGUAUUAUUUAUAUAAUUGUAGACCAAAUUUUUUCUUAUUUUUAAACAUACAUCAAGAACGGCAAAACCUAGGUACAUGAAAAAAUGUGAGCAAGUAGAGAGAGUAUGUAUUUGAUUUGUUCAACUACUUUUGGGUAAUCCUGUAUGACUGGAAAUGAUUUUAGAUGGUAGCCUCAAUUGAUGAAACAAAUUUUUUCCACGAUAUUACCGUCUGUUCCUGUAUUAUUAAUAUUUUUAUGAAAUUUGUUGAUAAAUGUGGUUAAAUUAUUCCAUAUAAAUUUUGUUAUUACUUUUAUUAUUGUGAUUUACAAAAAAUUAUAAUAAAUGUUUAACUAAA